CUACGAGGCGAGGGGGGGUGGCGGCCGGGAGGCGGCGGCGGCCGGAAGGGAGCCUUCCUUUCGCUCUCCCAAGCCCCGCUUUGCUUUGGCGGGUCGGUGGAUCUCUGAGCGAGGGAGGGACGCAGGCGGGGAGGAGGGAGGUGAAUGCCCCCUCUUCAGUGCCUUUGCACCAACAGCAGCAGCAAAACUUCUGAAGGUUUGGAGAAGAUUGUAAGACAACGACCAAGAAGGACUAUAGUAAUAUUGUAAGAAGGAGAACUAUUUGCAUGUAUAUUCAAGAAAACUGAUCUAGCACAAAUACUGAUAAUUCAACUUAUUGGACGUGUCAAAUCUCAAUAUGUAUCACUCUGUUUCUGGAGCUAGCCAUCCUUUGCAAACUGAAGAGCAAGAAAUAGGAAUUGAUCCCCUUCAGAGUUAUGGAAACAAGCCUGAUGAAGAUGUGUCAAAUGAAAAUGGAAGAGUACAGCUUACUUUGGAUUCUGAUGGGAUCUUUUUGUCAUAUAGUAAAGAAUGGGAAGAAUUAUUUGUAAACAACAAUUACUUGGCAACAAUACGGCUGAAGGGGAUUAAUGGGCAGCUGAGAAGCAGCAGGUUCCGUAGUGUUUGCUGGAAGCUAUUUUUGAAUGUUCUCCCUUCUGAUACAAAUCAUUGGAUUACAAAAACAAUAAAAUUAAGAGCAUUAUAUAAUAAUGUAAAAGAAAUUCAUAUUACAAACCCUCGGAAAGCUGGACAACAAGACUUAAUGAUCAACAACCCACUUUCACAGGAUGAAGGGAGUCUUUGGAACAAAUUUUUUCAGGACAAAGAACUUCGAAGCAUGAUUGAACAAGAUGUAAAACGAACCUUUCCUGAAAUGCAGUAUUUCCAGGAAGAAAAUGUGAGGAAAAUUCUUACUGACAUUCUCUUCUGUUACGCUCGGGAAAAUGAGCAGUUACUUUAUAAACAGGGCAUGCAUGAACUUUUAGCACCAAUUGUCUUUAUUCUGCAUUGUGACCACCAAGCUUUUCUACAUGCAAGUGAAGCAGCACAACCAAGUGAGGAGAUGAACGUUCUUUUGAAUCCUGACUACUUGGAGCAUGAUGCAUAUGCAAUGUUCACCCAUCUAAUGAAAACAGCGGAACAUUGGUUUUCAACCUAUGAGCAUGAAAGUCAAAAGGAAAAAGAUGCUAUGAUGACCCCUAUUCCGUUUGCAAGACCACAAGACUUAGGUCCAUCAAUAGCUAUUGUUGCAAAAGUUAAUCAGAUCCAAGAUCAUUUGCUGAAGAAACAUGACACUGAACUCUACAUGCAUUUGAACAGGCUUGAGAUUGCACCACAAAUUUAUGGACUGAGAUGGAUAAGGCUUCUAUUUGGAAGAGAAUUUCUUCUUCAGGACCUUCUUGUUGUGUGGGAUGCUUUAUUUGCUGACAGCAUCACUCUUGAUUUAGUUGACUACAUUUUCUUAGCUAUGUUGCUAUAUAUUAGAGAUGCCUUGAUAUCAAGUAAUUAUCAGACUUGCUUGGGCCUUUUGAUGCACUAUCCACCUAUCGGGGAUGUUCAUUCAUUAAUCUUGAAAGCCCUUUUUCUCAGAGAUCCAAAGAGAAAUCCCAGACCUAUAGCUCACCAAUUCCAACAGAACUUGGAUUACUACAAAGCACGUGGAGCUGACUUAAUGAAUAAAACUCGUGUCAAUGCAAAGGUUGCUCCUCUGAACAUAAAUAAGGUUUCUAGUAGCUUAUUGAAUUUUGGUCGCAAGCUGAUUUCCCCAGCAAUGACUUCUAGCAGUGCAACUCUUCCAGUUGCAGGUAGCAGUGGCAAUGUUUCUUCUGUUGUCAUGCCCACAAGGAGCACAGUAGAACUCCCUCCAUUUCAGCAGCAAAGAAUGAUGAAAUCUGAAAGUGUUCCAGUUCAGCUAAGCAAAGGAGAAGUAGUUAAAGGCAGUGAUGCCCAGGUAUCGGUUCCUGUCCGGAAUCUAAGCAACCUUCAUGGGACAGUUACUACAGUAAUACAUGGGCAAAGUUCAAAAAAUGGGAGUCCCUCUCCAAGCAUUGAAAGUUUUCCUGGAGGACGUGAAUCCACUGGAUCUCCUCCUUUGUCUGCAACCAAAAAGGAAUCUUUUUUCAGUACAAUUUCCCAUUCUCGUUCUCAUAACAGAAAUAUAAGCAAAAAAGAAUCUGAAGAAGAAUUAGAGGCUCAGAUUUCAUUUCUUCAAGGACAAUUGAAUGAGUUAGAAGCUAUGUGUAAAUAUUGUGCAAAAAUGAUGAACAUACAUCUAGGAAAUAUUCAAGAAGUCAUCCUGCAAGAACACUUGGAAAAAGAAGAUGAAAUUCUAGUUUCUUUGGCUGGGCUGAAGCAGAUUAAGGAUAUUCUGAAAGGCUCCCUCCGUUUCAAUCAGAGUCAACUGGAAGCAGAAGAGAAUGAACAGAUUACAAUAGAAGAUGAUCAUUAUUGUUCCAGCAAUCAGAGCAAGAGGGCAGUGGAAAAUAUAGAAAACCCCUCAGCUCCAAAGCAGUCUGUCCCUCUACUGAAGGAGGUAAAAUGCAUGCUUUUCAGUGAAAUCCUUGAAGAGAAUGUAUCCAUCAAAAAGUGUAUUGCUAUAGUUCAAAAAUAAUUUAAAAACUUAUAAAGACCCAAUCAUAUGCAGCUCACUGAAUUUGUGUGUUUUGUAGUUUUAAUAUUUAGUAUUAUCUUUUCAUUUUAAUUUUAACAAAUCUAUCUUCUAGGCCAGUGGUGUCAAAAUCGCACCGUCACAUUGUCGUCACUUGACGUAUUGUGACUUUUUUCCCCUUUGCUAAACCGGCGGUGGGUAUGGCCAGCACGUGACAUAACUGGCCUGCGGGCUGCGAGUUUGACACCCCUGUUCUAGGCUAACAUUAAGCCUUAGCAUUUGUUCCGAUACAAGUAGUUCUUGUUUAACUACCAUUCAUUCAACAACUGAUCUAAAUGACAAUAGUGCUGAAAAGAAUUGAUAGUUAUGGCCAGUCCUUGAAAUUAAUAGUUGUUGCAGCACCCUGUGGUCAU